AGAGCAAGCAAUACAACAGUCUGGCAAUGUGAGGCAGCAUUAGAGAGCUGCUAGACCAGGGCAGCCGGCUAAGAGAUGCAAGCCCCUUACUCUGGGCUCUGUGUGAUCCCAUUGGUUCCUGAGCUGCUGUUUUAAAGCAAAGAAGAGCUCAGGGGAUUGAACUGCACAGCCAGACGCGGACUCUCAGCCAAGUUGUCAGCACGCUGGGAGGGAGAGAGGCUCACACACACAAGAUUGCAGGGUGUCCGCAGACUGAUGAUCAUUUGUUUCCAAAGAGGAAGAAAGGAGAGGGGACAAGAACCAGAAAAGGGGAAGGAGCCUUAUCCAGUCCAGUAGCCCCAGGGGGGAAUAAUGGAUGUGACUAUAUCUCAGUUCAUCUUAGAAGAAUUUGAUGCCAACUGCAGCCUCCUGGAUCAUUUACAAGAGACUUUUUUAGAGAGUUCCUCUAUCCCUUUCCUGGGCUUUGAUGGUCCAUAUUGCAAUGCCACCACCGAUCAGAUCGGGACCUGCUGGCCCAGAACCUCCGCGGGGGAACUAGUAGAGAGACCCUGCCCGGAGUUCUUCAAUGGGAUCAAAUACAACACCACGAGAAAUGCCUACAGAGAAUGCCUGGGCAAUGGGACAUGGGCUUCCAAGAUAAACUACUCUCAGUGCGAGCCUAUUCUGGAUGACAAGAGGAAGUAUGCGCUCCAUUACAAGAUUGCUCUCAUCAUAAACUACCUGGGGCACUGUAUAUCAGUAGGGGCCCUUAUAGUUGCCUUUAUGCUUUUCUUGUGCUUGAGGAGUAUCAGAUGCCUGCGGAAUAUUAUCCACUGGAACCUGAUCACCACAUUCAUCCUGAGGAAUGUGAUGUGGUUUCUGCUUCAAAUGAUUGAUCACAACAUACAUGAAAGCAAUGAACCCUGGUGUCGUUGUAUUACCACUGUCUACAAUUAUUUUGUGGUGACCAACUUCUUCUGGAUGUUUGUGGAAGGCUGCUACUUACACACUGCCAUAGUAAUGACUUACUCCACAGAUAAGCUGCGGAAAUGGGUCUUUCUCUUCAUAGGAUGGUGUAUUCCUUGCCCAAUCAUCAUUGCCUGGGCCAUUGGCAAACUAUAUUAUGAAAAUGAACAAUGCUGGUUUGGAAAAGAACCGGGAAAGUAUAUCGACUACAUAUAUCAAGGGCCAGUGAUUCUUGUUCUUCUGAUAAAUUUUGUAUUUCUAUUUAACAUAGUUAGGAUUUUAAUGACAAAACUGAGAGCUUCAACCACUUCAGAAACAAUACAAUACAGGAAGGCAGUCAAGGCAACAUUAGUCCUUCUGCCUCUGCUAGGCAUCACCUAUAUGCUUUUCUUCGUCAACCCUGGUGAAGAUGACAUUUCCCAGAUUGUCUUCAUCUAUUUCAAUUCCUUCCUGCAAUCUUUUCAGGGUUUCUUUGUGUCAGUAUUUUACUGCUUCUUGAAUGGUGAGGUCCGUUCUGCUGCCAGGAAAAGAUGGCACCGUUGGCAAGACCAUCACUCCCUCCGAGUGCGUGUGGCACGUGCCAUGUCUAUCCCCACAUCUCCAACACGAAUCAGCUUCCAUAGCAUCAAACAGACAGCAGCCGUGUGAUAUGCCCCACACAUACAUGCAUCACCCGGUGGCCUUCAGGGUUCUCCUUUCUUCGCUCUCCCCAGCCCCUUUCUUCAUCCUUUCUUCUACACUGUGCUCUUCUGCAAUGAGAUGCCCAUCAUAUCUUUGUGGACUCUCAUUCCUCGUAUUCAUGAUGCUGCUUUAAGGCAACCAGGCAAAAGCCUACUGGAGUGGAUGGUGGAGGAGCAGAUUCAAAGAAGAAAGAGAUUCAGCACUGACUGCAUGUUGUGGAAGUUCACAAUACAAAAUCUAAAACAGCACAGUGUCAGGAACAAUCGAUUUUUUCUUUUUUUCCUUUUUCCUUCACGUAUUGUGGUGAACAAAGACUAUUUUUAACAUACUGCCCAUCUCGUCCUGUACAUUGGCUCCCACUGAUUUCAGCAAUUUGGUGUGUAGAUAGUCUGUCUCCUUCUUGGUUCUUGGUAAAAGUUUCUUCUUUGCAGAACUGACCUUUGAGAACAUGUGGCAGCAAGAAAAAGAGAAUCUGAGAGAUGAUGUGGGGAUUCCAAAUUUAUCUACCUUCCCCAUUUCUCCUUUUGUUAGACUGGGAGUUGGCCAGGGCAUCACUGGACUGUUUAACACAGGGCACUUUGCCUUGCAGAAGCCAUGCCCUGUUUGUAAACCAAGUUUUGAUAAGACAGCAAUAGCUCUGAAUAGCUCUAUAAAAUACCCUUACUCCUCUUAGCCCCAUACUUUUGAAACAAUGUAAGUAGCCUUGGAAAGUCUUUAUUCGAUUUCACCUGAGGAUUGGGGUGGAGAAGGACAGCAGAACAUGUUUUCUGGGUUUAAAAAAUACAAAAGGGAAGCACUGUAAAAAUAACGAUAACAAGAAAGAGGAUGUUUGCAUUAUGAGGAUAGUGCUACAUGCUGCACAGAGAUGAUCUAUUCAGCAUUUUGAACUAGAGCAGAUGUAUCUACUAGGCUUUUUAUGUAAUGUUCAGAAAUACUGUAUAUUUUCAAUAAUAAACACUACUCUGGGUUGGUUUCAAUAAAA